AUGUCGAGGGUGAGCCAGACUUCUCUGGCGAGGGAGAGCACUGCCUUUGCACCUUUCACUGCCAGCAACCACCCCAGUGGCCCAUCCUCAUUCAACACUCUCAAUGGUGGAGUGACCAGGUCUCCAAGCAUGCUGUGGUCUACACAGAUGCCUCAACCACCGUACAAUGGGCUUGCAGUUUCAGUGGUUUGGACGGGGCCCAGACUGCACUGGCACAUCAACUGCCUUGAGUUGCUGGAGGUGCACCUUGCCUUGAUCUCAAAGGGCACUUAUGAGAAACCUCCCAAUGCCAGUUGCACUGGCACACAGCUGGCCGUGGGGCCUGCACAAGAAUGCCCCAGUGGUGUGGUCAAUGAAGACACAUUUAAGGAAAUAUACUCUCAGUUUUUCCCACAGGGAGACGCAUCAUCAUAUGCACAUUUUCUAUUUGAUGCAUUCGACACAGAUCAAAAUGGCUCUGUCAGUUUUGAGGAUUUUGUGAUGGGUCUUUCCAUUCUCUUACGAGGCACCAUUCAUGAGAAGCUUAACUGGGCAUUUAACCUGUAUGAUAUUAAUAAAGAUGGAUAUAUAACAAAAGAGGAAAUGUUAGAUAUCAUAAAGUCCAUCUAUGACAUGAUGGGGAAAUGCACAUAUCCCAUGCUUAGAGAGGAAACGCCACGACAGCAUGUGGAGAUAUUUUUCCAGAAAAUGGACAAAAACAGGGAUGGAGUGGUCACUAUAGAUGAAUUUAUAGACUGCUGUCAAAAGGACGAGAACAUCAUGAAAUCAAUGCAGCUUUUUGAGAACGUCAUUUAACAUCUGAAUGGACUCUGUUAGCUGGCCAGCUCACUUAUCCACCUUUAUACUCCACAAACCCGACGUCCUCAAUGAUACACAUCUGAUUACUAGCAGUGCUUUACCCGUAAACCAAAAUUAAUAGCAUUUUUAAUAUCAAAGAAAAAUUAUUUUUAAAUUUUUUUCACUUAUACUUUUAUUUAAUAUAGACAA